UCUUUAAAUUACCAUAUCAAGGCCUCAUGAAAUAGUUUUGAGUAUUUCUUUUUUGAUGUAAAACUUUUUAUAUUACUGUAUUUUUUAAAACGCUUCUGUUACCAAAUAUAAUAUAUACAGGGCGAUCGAAUAAAUGCGAUAAGCGAGAUGCUAAAUUUUUUAAAAUAUAGUUUUUUACAUUUUAUAUUGCAAUUACACGUUUAUGUUUGUUUUUUCUAUUAAUAGUAAAUAUCUGUUCCUUUUUAAUCAGAUGUUGGAAUUGGACUUGUGGUAACUAGUAAACCUAAUCAACUACAAUAAUGUCAGAUAGUGAAGAUAGCGAUGGGGAAGCUGGUCUUGGGAAUGUCAAUAGGGCAAUCAUGAGACCUCCGGGUCAUAGUGGUAAAGCUAAAAGAGGACAUUUAUGUUUUGAUGCUUCUUUUGAAACAGGGAAUCUUGGAAGAGUGGAUUUAGUUAAUGAAUUUGAAUAUGACUUAUUUUUGCGCCCCGAUACAUGCAAUCCGCGGUUCCGAUUUUGGUUUAAUUUUACUGUCGAAAAUGUUAAACAGGACCAAAGAGUUAUCUUUAAUAUAGUGAAUAUGAGUAAGUGUAGAACGCUUUUAAGCGAAGGAAUGACGCCUUUGGUUAAAUCCUCAACGCGGCAAAAAUGGCAGAGAAUACCAAAGCGUUAUGUAUUUUACCAUCGUUCGCCUUAUCACCGAGGGAAUUAUAUUUUGAGUUUUGCGUUUGGUUUUGACGAAGAUGAAAUAUUCCAAUUUGCUCUAACAGCUCCUUACAGCUAUUCAAGACUUCAAUCAUACUUAACAAACUUGGAAUGCAGAUUACCAAAAUCGAACGAAUUUUUUCACAGAGAGCUUCUUGCACAAAGUAUUCAAAAGCGACGCCUAGAUUUAAUAACCAUCGGCCAAAAACCAAAGUCGCAAGAAAAACAGAGGGUAGUAGCAAUAAUGGCUAGAGUUCAUCCUGGAGAAACUCCUGCAAGUUACAUUUGUCAAGGGUUAAUGGAAAUAUUGGUUAGCGCACACCCUCUUGCAAGUAUACUACGCGAAAAUGUAGUUUUCAAAAUUGUGCCGAUGUUAAAUCCUGAUGGCGUUUUCGUAGGUAAUUUUAGAAGUUCUUAUAUGGGGUUCGAUUUAAACAGAUCUUGGCAUUUAGCAACUCCUUGGUGUCAUCCAACCAUUAGAGCCGUCCUAGAUAUGCUUCUUGAUAUCGAUAAAAGUGAUAACUUCCAGCUAGAUUUGGUGCUAGAUCUUCACGCGCACACAAGUUUGAAAGGGUGUUUUAUAUAUGGAAACUCUUAUGAAGACGUUUACAGGUUCGAAAGACAUAUCGUCUUCCCUAAAAUUCUAGCGUCACUUUGUGACGAUUACAUGUCAUCAAAUACAAUGUUUAAUUCGGACAUUAAUAAAAUUGGUACAUCCCGAAGAUUUCUUUGUUCGGUAUUGAGUGAAAGAGUAAACUGUUACACAUUUGAGGUAUCUGUUUAUGGUUACUCCUUAAAAGGAUCUGAUAUAACAAUCCCUUACACGGAAGAAAGUUAUGUGGAAGAAAUUUGGCAAGAACCUUUCUGGAGUACUACAGGGCAACUGGUUUAAUACCGCUUCAUGUACCAACUCAAAUAUCCGACAAAAAGAGGAAAAAAUUCAAAAGAUUCAAAUGUAAAUCCAGAGAAACUUCCAAUUCAACCCGCGAAACAGUUCGUAACCAAGCCACUUUAAAAUACACAGAUUUACAAUUAAAUUACGACAGCGAAACUUCAAUAGAAGACAUAUGUUCCAGC